AUGAGAAGCAGCCUAUCGCGUACGACGAGGCAGCUCUCUCGCCAUGGCAAGCUGCUACAUCUUCAGCAAUGCCGAGCCUCCGGCGCAAGAUGGAGCUCGACAGAGAGUGGCCACAAAUGGUCUACACCUCUGGCGAGACAAAUAGCUGAGGCGAUCACCGUAAGCACGAUAUAUCAGCAGCCGAGACAAUAGCUGAUGGAUGUACAGAUCACUGGCCCUCUCCCCGUAGCAUCGUACAUGAGGCAAGUUCUCACUUCAGACCUGGGCGGCUACUACACCGGAGCACUAUCCUCAGAUCGGGACCAGUUCGGAGCAAAAGGAGAUUUUGUCACAUCACCAGAGAUCAGUCAGAUAUUUGGAGAGCUCAUUGGUGUAUGGGUCGUUGCAGAAUGGAUAGCCCAAGGAAGGAAGAGCGAGGGUGUCUACUUGAUGGAAGUCGGUCCUGGCAGAGGAACAUUGAUGGAUGAUAUGCUACGUGUAAGAGAGACUAUACAUGGAGUGGAAACUUUCCAAGCUGAGAUUUCUUUUGCUAGACCAUUCGCAAUUUCCCACCUCUGGCUAAAGCUGUCGAAGCCAUCUACUUGGUUGAAGCGAGUGAGACACUGCGGCAUACGCAGCACAAGCUUUUGUGUGGAGACAACGCGAUGAAUCAAACAAAGAUCGGCUGGGAAAGCGUGAGCAGACAUUCACCUGACUUGAAAAUCGUCUGGACAGAAGAUAUUCGCUUCGUGCCCCGAGAAGCGAACAAGACCCCUUUCAUCAUCGCUCACGAAUUCUUCGACGCUCUGCCAAUUCACAUCUUUCAGGCUAUCAAACCUUCGCCGGACGAACGGAACACAAUCCAAACGCCGACCGGUCCAAUUCCAGCUCGAAAGAAACAACAAGAAGGAAGCCAAUGGCGGGAGCUCCUCGUAUCUCCCAAGCCACCUCACAGAUUAAACCAAGGCGAACCCGAAUUCGAACUAUCGCGUUCCAAAACCGCAACACCGCACUCGAUGUACCUCCCGGAGAUCUCUCCCCGCUAUACCGCAUUGAAAGACACCGAAGGCGCCACGAUUGAAAUCAGCCCGGAUAGUCUAGCCUACGCGCGAGAAUUCGCAAUCAGACUCGGGGGCUCGAAUCCGGAAGAGAUAGCCGCUGCGUCUAAACCUCAACCCACCAUUCCGGGAAGAAAAGUUCCAUCCGGGACAAGAGAACUGCCAUUGCAGAAACCGGACCCUUCAGGCGCGGCUCUCAUUAUAGAUUACGGACCUCCAGCUACCAUCCCCACCAAUUCCCUCCGGGGCAUCAAAGCCCACCAACGCGUCUCGCCGCUCGAAUCAGCAGGCGCAACAGACGUAAGCGCAGACGUGGAUUUCAUGGCUUUAGCGGAGACAGCCAUCAAUUCCUCCCCAGGCGUGGAAGUCCACGGACCACUGGAUCAGGGGAGAUUCCUGACGGCUAUGGGGAUUGAACAACGAGCUGCGCAGCUGGUAAAGAGGGCUGUGGAUAAGGAAAGAGGAGGUUCUACCGGGGAAGACAAGAAGGAAUUGACGGAUAUUGUGAAGAGGGUUGAGAGUGGAUGGAAGCGAUUGGUGGAUCAGAGUCCGCAGGGGAUGGGGAGGUUGUAUCAGGUGAUGGCUAUUGUGCCGUUUAAGCCUGUGCCGGAGGGACAGCCGAGGAGGAGGCCCGUGGGGUUCGGUGGUGAUGUGGCGGUAUAG